AUGCUCAUGGAGUUCGUCGAGCUGUUCCGCGCCACGACGGGCUACGAGAUCGUCGAGGGCGCGCACAUGGAGAUCGCUCCGCCAACGAUUGCCGACGCAGUCGCGGCGUGCGUCGCGAGCGGCGCGUCCCGCGUCGUCGUCGCGCCGUACUUCCUCUCCCGGGGACGGCACAUCCUCCAGGACAUUCCCGCGCUAGUCGAGGAGGCGCGCGCGGCGCACCCGGGGGUUGAGGUGUCGGUGGCGGAACCUAUCGGCGUUGAUCCGCUGAUGGCGCAGCUGAUCGGGAAACGGGUCGAGGGGGCGCUGGAGGGCGCGGGCGUGGCGGUGGGCGCGGCGGGGCGGGACGGGGACGCGUGA